AUGUCGCGAUUUGACUUGGUGAUUUUUGGAGCUACUGGCUUCACGGGAACUUAUAUUCUGGAAAGACUCAUCACAUCGCCAUAUUAUCAGGAUGUUAGUUUUGCGGUGGCUGGAAGAAAUGAGUCGAAAGUUCGAGAAGUUUUGCGAGUUGUUGAGAAGAAGACUGGGAGAGAUUUGAAGGAGGUGAAGGUGAUUUUGGCUGAUGUGGCGGAUAUUGAGUCGCUGGAAAAGAUGGCGAAGCGAGCGAGGGUUGUGAUAAAUGCGGUGGGACCGGUGGGUGGAAACGACAAAAAAUCAAUAAUUUUUGAUUAUUUUCAGUACACUCUCUAUGGUGAGGCUGUUGUUCGAGCCGCGAUUUUGAAUGGUGCCAGUCACUUGGAUAUUUCCGGCGAGCAAACGUGGAUUGAAAAAAUGGAGGAGAAAUAUUCGAAACUUGCGGAAGAUGCGGGAGUCUACGUGGUUUCCGCGUGCGGAUGGGAUUCGAUUCCGGCCGAUUUGGGAGUCAAAUUCCUCAAAAACAACUUUGACGGUGACCUGAAUCAUGUUGAGACUUUUGUCGAAAUGAAAUCAGGGUCUUCUGGAUAUUCGCUGAAUACUGGAACGUAUAAUUCACUGCUUCUAGGUGUCAAAAGUUUCCCAUUUGAUUUAAUGAAGCCGAAGACAGAUGUGUCGGUUGUCAAAGGCAAGAUCACACCGAAGUUUCGAUUGCCAUUAUCACAAAUUCCUGGAAUCCCUGGUCCCCAGAGCUAUGCUAUCCCAUUUAUGGGAUCUGAUAAAUCAAUAAUCGAUCGAUCGCAAAUCUACGAAGCCACACAAAAAUCGAUCAAACCAUGCCACGUGGCAACAUACGCUAAGUUGUCUUCGAGAAUUUCGGCAAUAUUGAUUGGCGCCUGGCUAGCAGUUAUCUCGAUUCUGGUGCAUAUUCCAUGGACUUUACGAUUUCUGCAAAAUCAUCCCGAUCUUUGUAGCUUCAAUGUUUUUAAGAAAGAUGGACCAAGUGAGGAGCAAAUCCGGGAAGCAAGUUUUGUUCUAUGGCUCUUUGGGUAUGGGUAUACAAAGGAGAAAUUGGGAUUUGAACAUCAAGGAGAGCCGACGAAGAUGGUCAGUUUGAUCAUAGAAACUUCACAAAAUAUAUUUUUCUUCAGGUUCUUGCAACUUGCAAAGGGCCAGAUGCUGGAUAUGUUUCAACAAGUGGUUGCAUUUUGUCAGCAGCAUUGGUUUUAUUGAAAGAUGUUGAUAGUUUGCCGGAGCGGUGAGUUUGAUUUUUUUGAGGGGGGCUUCGUGGGUGGUCUAACCGCCUUUAAAUUAAUUUACUUUAAAUUAACGCCUUUAAAUUUAUUUUUAAUUUCAAACUCGCACAUUUCAUGCUUUUUCCUCGUCUUUUUAUUAUCACCUUAGAAUUAUUUAGUUUCCUUAUUGAUUUUCACCUGAAAUUACAACUGACAGCUGAACAUUCUUGUAUGAAUCGAUUCAAAAAAAUGUAUUCAGCUGCCAACAAAAAAGUUGAAUAAUAUUCCACGUGUAAUGUGUGAAUAUCAUGAUAUUUUUCUGGCCAAUGACUCACGUUAUUCAAUAGUUUCUCAUAUUUUUUCGACCAUCGGAUUGCCAAUUCACAUUUUCGGUUUCUACUGUAUAAUCAAGAAAACGCCAAAAGAAAUGUCGUCGAUUAAAUUCAGCAUGCUUCUUUUGCACGUUAGUUGUUUCAUAUCCGACACUAUUUUUGGGGCAUUCAUUAUUCCUGUGAUAUUUUUACCCUACUAUUGUGGAUAUUCAAUGGGGGUUUUGAAUUAUUUCGGAAUUCCGAUGUGGAUUCAAAUAUAUUUCGGUAUCACAACUUCAACAAGUUAG